UUCGACGAAUAUUAUGUUCAUCUCUUCAGGUUAGAGAUGGCUAAAGAACCCAAGAAACUUGAACCAAUAAAGCUUGAAAAAGCUCGUUUGGCAACCUUCAAGAAGAGAAAGAAUAGUUUGUUGAAGAAGGCUUGGGAGUUGAAAACACUCUGUGAUGUGGAAGCAUGUAUGAUCAUCUAUGGCCCGAAAAAUAGAGAUCAGCCAGCGAAGCCUGAGACCUGGGCCUCUGAGGAAGGUAAGCUAACUAGUAUUAUCAACAGGUACAAGGGUAAUCACAAAGCUGAUCAUGCUCAAAGAAAUGCGGUUUCUUUGCUUAAUUCAAAUGAAAACACAGAGAUGAAAGUUGAUGAUGGGGCUGAGCGCGCUCCCAAGAAUAGUCGGAGACUAGAGUUUGCUACAUGGGAUCAGCGUUUUGACAGAUUUUCAGAGGAUCAAAUGAAGAAAGUUUUUUGUAGAUUAAACAAUAAGCUAGAAGAGACAGUGAAAAAGAUUGACACAAUAAAGUCCGAAUUAGAAACAUUAGGGGACUCUCAGAUUAGCCACAGCCAUGCUCAUCAGAAUGUAGGUAGCCAUCGCAAGGGGAAGAAAUCAAUUGAUAUUCAGCGGCCCAUCAAUUUCCAGGCUAACAAUCAGGUUUAUCAAAUACCCUCUAUAACUUUAAUGGGGACUCCAAUGUCGACGAGGCCUGAUGCAAAUAAUCUGAAUCAAUCUGGGCGUGCAUCAAGUAGCACAAAUCUACACAGUCCACAGCAGUCUAUUGGUGCAUCCAGUAGCACCAUUCCAUUCACUCCACUGCAACCCCCAGUUCAGUGGAAUCUCGCAUCGGCACAGCAUCCACUGCAGGGACCAGUUGAAGAAUUGAAGCUUUUUGACUAAUUUUAUGGAGAUUUGGAAUGAUCAUUUUUUUAAAUUUGGAGGAAAUGUGUGACGAAUUAAGGUGUCCUCUCCUUUCUUGAUUAGGAAUUUGGAUCCUGUACUUUUCUUUUUAUAAAUACAUAUAAAUGUAUUUAGAGAGUAGAGAGUUCCCUCUUCAUGUUUUCAAAUCUUAUAUUUUCACAGGAAUACUUGGAUUUCUUAAUGUUGAAUUUUGAUAGUUCCUUAAUUGUGUCAUGAUUUUCCGUUUAUUUAAU